AAAGAACAACUCAACCCCACACGUUAUCCCUCCAAUAAAAUCCAAGCCAACAAUAUUGUCUUGUCAUUUUAUAAUUUUCCAUAGCCCUUUUGCUUAUAUUUUCUAAACAAAAUACCUUUCCUUUUAAGGUAUUGUGAGAUUUAUUUUUUCUUGUAUUUGUAUUCUUAGUGUCAUUAGUUGUUUUUUUGCAACAUCUAAUGGCACUAGGAACUUUAACAUAAUCUUUGUGACAUACCAAAGCAAGGUUGAAACACAAUCUUUGUGAAUCUUGACAUCCUAAAAUUCACUCUUUUUCGGACAAAUUAAUAUGUCGAUUAUCGAAAGGGUGAAAUCAACAUUCACAAUGGCAGGGAGAAUAUUGAAUGAAGUCAUUAGCUUCUUUGUGUUCACAGUUCUUGACGUUCUUGAUUUUUUGCUAUGUUAUAUUUACAGAGUAAUUGAUUUCAUAGUUGAAGCAGAGUGGAAGCCCUGUUACUGCUCGUCGGUUAAACAAACCAUAACGAGCAGUGGCACAAUCUUGGUUUCCGAGUCCAAGAUUGUGUGUCUGACAUCUUCUUCUUCUAGCUGCAAUAAAUUGCAGCUAGAAGAGAUAUCAGACACAUUGUACACGCGAUCUUCGUUAGUAUCUGAAGUGUCGAAAUCUACUAUGAAUGAGCUUAAAAGGCUUAAAUUGGAGAAUGCUGCCCCAAUUUUCAAAAGAGGAACUCUGCGCUCAACUUUUACUGUUAACUCAUCUAUUGUCGAAAUGCUACAAGGCAAAAUUGGUGGCUUAAAAUCAAAUAUUGUUCCAAGAUGGUCGGAUUGUGAUUGUAAAACUUGUAAUUCUUGGACUGCCUCUUCUAAAGAUUCACUUUUUGUCCAUGUUGACGGUGCCAAAGAGAACGUACGAGAAAAUGUGAUUUUCAUACAUGGAUUCAUAUCAUCAUCAGAAUUUUGGACAGAAACUGUGUUUCCAAACUUUACAAAGGCUACAAAAUCAAAGUAUCGAUUAUUCGCGGUGGAUCUACUAGGAUUUGGAAGAAGUCCGAAGCCAAAUGAGUCACUUUACACCUUAAGAGAACAUCUAGACAUGAUUGAAAAAUCAGUACUAGAGCCAUACAAUGUGAAAUCUUUUCACAUUGUGGCACAUUCAUUGGGAUGCAUAUUGGCACUGGCACUUGCUGUAAAGCAUCCUGCCUUAAUUAAAUCCCUCACUUUACUUGCACCGCCAUAUUUUCCAACUCCUAAGGGAGAAGAAGCAACGCAGUAUAUGAUGAGAAGAAUCGCGCCGCGACGAGUAUGGCCUGUGAUUGCUUUUGGGGCAUCUCUAGCUUGUUGGUAUGAGCAUGUUAGCCGAACAAUUUGCUUACUCAUCUGCAAAAACCAUCGCUUGUGGGAGUUUCUUACCAAACUCAUCACCAGAAACAGGAUAAAAACAUACUUAGUAGACGGAUUUUGCUGUCACACACACAAUGCAGCAUGGCAUACACUACACAACAUCAUUUGUGGUACUGCUGGAAAAAUAGAAGGAUACUUAGACAUGGUGAAAAAUCGUCUAAAAGGCGAAGUCACGGUGAUUCAUGGUGAAGACGAUGAACUUAUCCCUGUCGAAUGCAGCUACAAUGUACAGUCCAGAGUCCCUCAUGCUCGCGUUAACGUUGUCAAGAACAAAGAUCAUAUCACCAUUGUUGUAGGAAGACAACAAGCUUUUGCUAGAGAACUUGAAGAAAUUUGGAAUAAUAAUUCCACUAGUAAUUGAAAUAUUUUUACAAGUGUUUGAUUAUUUUCAACAUCCUAAAGAAAUGUUAUUACUCGUUACGUACGUACCACAUAUCUUUUUUUUUUUAUCAUAAGUUAAAAACUAUAUCUAAUGAAGCAAAAUUAAUUUGGAUAUAGUGAAAGCUUUAUUGGACUAGUUUAUUUUCAUUUCCUUUUUUUUUUGUUGUUGAAUA